AUGCAGGCCAGGGGGGAAAGGCCGAGCGCCGAAGACCUGGAGAGGAUCAGGGCAGCGGGCCGCGCUGCCUUAAUCCGGAAAUGGACGGAGGACCUAGAGGCCCCAGUCGCGGGCUUAGUGACGGUGGAGGCAGUUCGCUCCCACCUAAUCCGCUGGGUCGACCGGCGAUAUGGGUCUCUGUCCUACAGAUUGGUGCAGGUUCUUACCGGACAUGGAUAUUUCGGCGAAUACCUGCACCGGGUUGCAGGUCGGGAGACGACCCCUGUCUGUCACGAGUGUGGCGCUCCCGUCGAUACAGUGCGUCAUACCGUGACAGAAUGUGCGGCAUGGGGCCCCCAGCGGCACUCCCCGACCGCGGUAGUGGGCGGAGAUCUCUCGCUGUCGACCAUCGUGGGCGCGAUGCUCGACAGUCAGAGGUGUUGGGAUGCAACGGCCUCCUUCUGUGAAAGCGUACUUUCGCACAAGGAGGCCUCGGAACGGCUCAGAGAGGACGACCCCCUCGCUGACCCGCUCCGAAGACGGCGGCUGGGGAGACGAAGGAGGCAGUCCCACCUUCUUCCCCCGCUGCAGUGA